GUCAGUGGCACGCUGUCACUUCUCACACCCCUUACGUUUGAAAGGGGCUGGGAAAGCGGUGGCUCCUCUUGCUGCUUAAAAGGGGCACACACCACUUCCUCCCUAGACAGGGGAGUACAAGCCCCGGCACAGCCUUCCUGUGUGGUUUCGGCGCCCGAAAGUGUCAUGGACUUGGGGAAGCCAAUGAAAAGCGUGCUGGCGGUGGCUCUCCUUGUCAUCUUCCAGGUGUGCCUGUGCCAAGAUGAGGUCACGGACGACUACCUGGGAGAAAACACCACGGUGGACUACACGCUGUACGAGUCGGUGUGCUUCAAGAAGGACGUGCGGAACUUCAAGGCCUGGUUCCUCCCGAUCAUGUACUCCGCCAUCUGCUUCGUGGGCCUGCUGGGCAACGGGCUGGUGGUGCUGACCUACAUCUACUUCAAGAGACUCAAGACCAUGACCGACACCUACCUGCUCAACCUGGCCGUGGCGGACAUCCUCUUCCUCGUGACCCUGCCCUUCUGGGCGUACAGCGCAGCCAAGUCCUGGACCUUCGGCAUCCACAUGUGCAAGCUCAUCUUCGGCAUCUACAAGAUCAGCUUCUUCAGCGGCAUGCUCCUGCUCCUUUGCAUCAGCAUCGACCGCUACGUGGCCAUCGUCCAGGCCAUCUCGGCCCACCGCCACCGGGCCCGGGUCCUUUUCAUCAGCAAGCUGUCCUGUGUGGGCAUCUGGAUGCUGGCCACGGUGCUGGCCAUCCCGGAGCUGCUGUACAGCGGCAUCCAGAGGAGCAGCAGCGAGCAAGCCUUGCGGUGCUCCCUCAUCACGGAGCACGUGGAGGCCCUGAUCACCGUCCAGGUGGCCCAGAUGGUGGUGGGCUUUCUGAUCCCCCUGCUGGCCAUGAGCUUCUGCUACCUCGUCAUCAUCCGCACCCUCCUGCAGGCGCGCAACUUCGAACGCAACAAGGCCAUCAAGGUGAUCAUCGCCGUGGUGGUGGUCUUCAUAGCCUUCCAGCUGCCCUACAACGGGGUGGUCCUGGCCCAGACCGUGGCCAACUUCAACAUCACCACCGCCAGCAGCUGUGAGCUCAGCAAGCAGCUCAACAUCGCCUACGAUGUCACCUACAGCCUGGCCUGCGUCCGCUGCUGUGUCAACCCUUUCUUGUACGCCUUCAUCGGCGUCAAGUUUCGCAAUGACCUCUUCAAGCUCUUCAAGGAGUUGGGCUGCCUCAGCCAGCAGCAGAUCCGGCAGUGGUCUUCCUGCCGGCACAUCCGGCGUUCCUCGAUGAGCGUGGAGGCCGAGACCACCACCACCUUCUCCCCGUAGAGGCUCCUCUUGCCUGGACUAACCCGAACCCUAACCCUAAACUUUCCCAGGGUCCACGGCUGGGGACAGGGGGCAGAUGACAUAACUCAGGACCCAAAAGCUGCUGAGGAAAAGGUGGUUCUGGCCCUUCAGGUUGAUCUCGUGGUGAAAGCCCAUGCCGCAGGAGACAGAUGCCGCCCCAUGCUAGCUACCUCAACCAAGUCUGCAGAGGCGUGGCGGAUAAGCUACCAGAUCCAGCAACGCUCCAAUACCAAAGCUGUUGUCCCCUAAACCAAAAACCAAAAGUGAAAGUCGAGAAAGUUCACACCUCCUGAAGAGAAGGGACAGGCGCUGGUGAGAGCCAGGGCGGGUACAAGGGCCUGGGGAGCCCUCCGAGGGAGCCUUCAGGGGCUGCAGCGAGGUCUUCCAGGAAGCAACGCUGUAUCUCCCCCAGACCAGAGGUGGUGGGAAGACUGCUUGUCAGGGAAAGGGAGACGCCCCUGGGUCGACUAACGCUCUGAAUUCCUCCCUUCCUCUCUCUUUUUCCACUAUCAUCCACACCAGCAAAAAAUGGCAACCCUGAACCUCCCUAAAAGCACACUUCCCUCUCUCGAGCGCUCCGGGAGAGGCGUGGUGUUUCCUGCAGGCCAGGCUAGCUGCCUCCGGACGGCCAAAGCUGAGUCCCCAGCCAAGGCUCCGAGCGGGGAUGACGUGUGUCUCCGCUCCAAUAGGACGGAGGAGGGGGCCGAGAGCAAGGCUAGGGGCCAGGGUGUGGGUGACAAUGCUGGCUGCCGGAGGCCAACAUGCUGCUGCUUUGUUCUUCGUCACAGGGACAAAAGAAUGUCAUCCUGUUCUGUUUCCAGUUCAUUAAGAGAGUGCAUGUUACUCAUACACAAAUAAAAGUUUUUCCCCUUGAGGAAACAAGAGCUUUAAAAGAAAGGAAAAAAAAAAUUUUUUUU